CUAAAUUAUUACCUUAGAGGAAAUUCCAUGUACUGGAACACGGACGCGAACACGGAGGCAGUAUGCAGGGCAGUAUGGGCACUUAAAAUGAGCUUUUGGUUAGGGUGACUGGAUCUAUCAUCCUUACAUGGAGUAUUAUAUAAAUGAAUGGUCGCUCGAAAGAACCAGGGCCGCAGGGGCGUCAACAAUUCAAUAAAAAUUUUGACGACCGCAGACUGGCAGGCCGAAUGGCCUGACACACACGAAAUGAUUAUAUAUGGUGGUUACAGAUACGCAAUAAUGGCCCAGCCAGGUCGCUCGCAGCGAGGUUCUCCUGCGCUGCUCGUGGCGUUUGCCAUGUUGCUGGCUCUGGUGCCCGGAGCAGUCGCAUAUGUGAAGCAGGUGACCAUAGGCACGGACCACCAGUGUGCGCUGCUCGCCAGCGGCUGCGUCAAGUGUUGGGGCCGGAAUGACAGGUACCAGCUGGGCUACCCGCUGGUGCCGCCCGAGGGCCUGGGCGCUGAUGGGGCGGCGCUGGCGGCGGCGCCGUGUGUGGACGUGGGUGCCAACGUCACGGUGACGCAGGUGGAGGCAGGCCACAAGUUCACGUGCGUUCUGCUGUCCAUCGGCGAGGUGCGCUGCUGGGGCUGGAACGGCCUGGGGCAGCUGGGCAGGCCCUACACCAACGGAGCCCUGGAGCCCCUCCCCACAAACUCCAGUACGGCCAUGGGCGACGCGCUGCCCUUUGCGGCGCUGGGUGUGGGCAAGCUGGCCAAGCAGAUCUCCGCCGGCUACUGCCACGUGGCAGCGCUGACUGCCGACGGCCUGGUCAAGACAUGGGGCUGCAACCACGCCGGCCAGCUGGGAUAUGAGUACUGCUACCCGCUGUCCAUCACCGGCACGACCAACUACUGCGUCAACUACAACGGCUCAUCUAGCGUCACCGCAUCUAGCAUCGCCCGGCACUUCCUGCAGUACAACAGCCGCGGCACCCUCAUCGGCGUCCAGUCGCGGCGGCAGCUGUUCCUGGAGGACAGCAGGCCCGAGGUGCAGCUGGGUCUGGCCGCGGGUGUGGCGGUGACGCAGGUGGCGGCGGGCGACUCGCACACCUGCGCCCUGGCCAGCGACGGCUCAGUCAGGUGCUGGGGUGGCGGCUGUGACCUCGGCACCGCACUGGGCCGGCUGUUUGACGCCGACCCCGAGGCCGCGGCGGUGCCGGCGCAGCACAACGGCUCGCUGUGGGCGUCGUCCACGACACCCGUGCUGUCCCAGCCCUACCUCCAGCCCAUGUGCACCACGCUGGGCCACACGGCGCGGGUGACCUCGUUCGGCGCCGGCUCCAGCCGCGACGGCCUCAACUUCCAGAUGGGCGCCAACCUGCCGCGUGUGGACCUAGGGGUGUUCGGGGGAGCCAGGAAGCUGGUCAGCGCGGGCACCCACACCUGCGCGCUGCUGGACACUGGCGCAGUCAAGUGCUGGGGGCGCGUGGAGUCCGGCACGUUGCUGGGUAACGGCCUGGCCCCCACCGGCGCCGUGUCGCUGUCCGCCGCCGAGUCCAGCGCGGCGCGACUGGGCACGGGCGUCACAGUCACAGACAUCGCGGCGGGUGGCGCACGCACCUGCGCCAUCCUGUCCAACGGCCGUGCCAAGUGCUGGGGUCCGGGCUCCUAUCUGGGCUACGAGCAGCCUCUGCCUGCUGGCGCCGCGGGCUGGGGCUCGGGCGACAGCAGCCUGGACGGCGGGCUGCCGUACCUGGAGCUGUGGGGGGCGGGCUCGUUCGCGGGGCCCGUGCGAGUGGUGCAGAUGGCGCUCUCCAAGCGCACCCACAACGCCUCCAACGCCGGCACCAUCUGCGCCCUGCUCUCCACCGGCCGCCUGCGCUGCUGGGGUGCCGACGGGGGCCACGGCGACACCCUGCCCCGUGGGUCGCCCGCCGCCGCCGGCCGCAUGGGCGCCGCACUACCCGACGUGCCGCUCCUGCCAGACAUACUGCAGCCGCCGCUGCCGCCCUUCCCGCCCAACCCGCCGCCGCCGGCGGGGCUGCUGGCGUCGCCGCCGCCUCCGGCGCCGCUGCCGCCGCUGCCGCGGCUGGCGCCGGGCGCUAUGAAGCCUCCGGCGCCGGCGCCGCCGCCGCCGCCUGCGGGGUCGGAUGCGGUGCUGAGCCAGGCGGAGGCGGCGCGGGUGCUGGGCGGCCCUGGGGAGGGGGUGCGGCGCUACAUCACACCCACGGCCCAGUACUUGCUGACGACGCUCGGCGCGCUGCUUAUCUUCAUCGCGGUGGGGGGCCUGGUGCUGGGCUGGCUGGACCGGCGACACGCCAAGCAGCAAGCCAAGGCGCAGGGGCUGGCCAAACCCAAGUUCGACAAGGCAGCCUUCGCAAGGGCCAUCGAGGGCGGUGUGGUUGCGGCCAUCAACCCGCGGCUGCAGGUGUUCCGCUGGGCGCUGCCCAUGGCGGUGCUGCUGGCGCUGCUGACGGUGCUGACGGUGGCGCUGGUCACCAGCAUACUGCAGGAGCAGUGCGUCACGACCUGCUCCACGGUUCCGCUGCAGCUGAUCCGGCUAACCGACCCCCGCCGCUGCACACCCCUGGAUGUCCGAGACACACUGCCGGGAUACGGCGACACGGGCGGCGACAGCGGCGCGGCGGCGGCCGCGCUGGCGGCGGCCGCAGCCGCAGCCGAUCCCGCCGCCGCCGCCGCGGCGACGCUGGCGGGCGCGGGCGCGGCGUUUGCGGGCGGCUCGCUUCACUCGUAUGCGCGCGUGGGCAAGUGUAGCAUCCUGCACAGCCAGGAUUGCGCGGUGGCUCAGUGGUCGCUGCUGGCUCGCUGCGCCGCCGCCGCCGCCGCCUGGGCCGGCAACGUCACCACCGCGGGCGGCAACGGCAGCAGCACCUUGCAGAGCUGGGGGCGGCUGCUGCGGGAUGGCAGGGGCAUGCCUGACACCCCACUGCGCUUCUCACCUGCUGACCGAGUGGCCUCGCCGCCGCCGCCCUCCCCGGCUCCGUCGCCGCCGCUCGCGCCCAACUUUCCGCCACCCACGGCCUCGGCCAGCAGCAGCUCAAACAGCAGCAGCGGCAGCAAUGGCAGUAGCAGCAACAGUAGCUCGGGCUUGCCCCCGGGUGCUGCGCCCUCUCCUCCCCCUCCUCCUCUGCCUCCUCCCCCUCCGCCCGGCAUGCAAUGGCCGGACCAGCCGUGUCAGCUGCACACCUCUAUCCGAUACGGCGCUGCCUGCGGGCGGCCGGGCGACCCCGAGGAGGGCCACCCGGGGGAUGUGUGCUGGGUGCUGAGUGUGGAGACGGCGGGGUACGAGCCGGACACGCGUGGCGCUGAGGGCACGGGGUGUCGCAACACAGACACUUCCAGUGCCGAGUGCGCCAAGACCAGCGUGGAGGUGGUGGUGUGGGAGAAGAUGGGCAGCCCGCAGAUGCACGGCCCGCCCGCCUGCCCGGACGUGUCGUACGUGUCUCCCUCGGACGACCCGCCCGGCCUGCGCAGCCCCUCCUCCGGCGCCUACCUGCCGCCGCCCGACCUGUCGGCGGGGCUCAACGUGUCCGACCCCUCCCUGUGCGGCGGAGACAGCUACACAACCGAUCACGGCUACAGGUGCCUGUAUCAGCGGUCGCGCAUGUGCCAGCUGGUGGACGGCGGCAGCCGCACCUGCGCCGAGGUCUCCUCCACUGACGAGUCCGAGCUGCCGGCGCUGUGGCUGGGCGCUGCCGGGCUGGGCUUUGCGGGCCUGGCUCGUGACCCCGCCGCACACACCUGCUCGCCCUGGCCGCUGCAGCCGCUGGACGAGAGCCGACUGCUCAUAAAGGGCCUGCUGGUGCGGAUGGCGGAGACCGCCACCACACAGGUGGCGGCGCGGCUCAAGUACUUCAGCGAUGCGACCAUCCGGGUCACAUUUGACGGCGACUUCGCGCAGGUGACUGUGGGCAAGUCGCGCCUGGCCGCCUACUGGUCCACCACCCAGCUCUACUGCUGCCAGCCGGUGUGCCCCAGCGUGCUUGCCAGCCUGGGCAACGCGCUGGGCUACGCCGUGUACAUAGAGAUGGUGUUCAGCCUGGCGCUCAUCGUGGCUUACAUGCUGGUGUUCAGGAAGGAGGCCAACACGCUGGGCCUGCGCUGGAGCCACCUGGCCUCCAUCGUGACGGAGCAGGACAUCGCCUACGACCGAGACACCGCACUCAGCUUGCACAGGGCGGAGAUGCGGAUCGAGGCGGAGGUGGCGGUGGCGGCUAGCGGCAUGCGGCCGGGGGCGGUGGGCGCGGCGCCGGUGCCGCGAGCCGGCGGCGCCGCCGUCGCUGUGGGCGCGGCGGCGGCGGGCGGCGGCGGCGUGUUCCAGCGGUUCAAGGGGCGGGCCAAGGCGCUGCUGCAGCGGCCGCGGGCUCGUGUCGCGGCCACGGGGACGGCCGCUGGCGCUGCCGCCGCCGCCGCCGGCGCGGUGGGUGCCGGCGCCAAGUCAGGCAAGGGCAAGGGAGCGGCGGCGGCGGUGGCGGUGGCGGCGGCACCCGCCGGCAAGGUGGCGGCGGAAGCCUCUGACGGCGCAGCCGGGGACGGCGGCGGCAGCGGCAGCGGUCGCGGUGGCGUGGGCGGUUUCUUCAGACGGAUGAUGCCGUCACGACUCAACCCGCGAGUAGCUAGCGACAGCAGACCCGCUGCGGCCACCGCUGCGGCCACUGCGGCGGCGGCGGCGGCGGCUGCACCUGCUGCCUCGCCUCCUGCAUCUGCGUCUGCAGCGGCGGUGGCGGCGGCGGCGCAGCCGCCAUCUGGCAACAAAAGCAUGGGCAGUAAAUCCACAAAAGCCACGAAAGCAGCAGCAGCCGCGGCGACGGCGGCGGCCGCCGGCGACGCCGGGCACGCCAGCACGCGCGCUCCGGCGACGCUCAUGGGCGCCGGCGGCAAGAGCAAAGUAGGCUUUGCGGCGGGCACCGGAGGUGGAGGUGGAAGUGGAAGUGGAGGAGGUGGGGGCGAGGUGGAGCUUGCAGGCGGCGGCAAGGAGUGGGCGGUGCUGGCGGGUCAGCAGUCCAAGCCGGCGGGCACGAAGUCGCUGCCGGCGGCCCGAUCCAAAUCCACCAGCGGCGUGGCGGCGCUCAAGGAGGCCCAGUCGGCCAAGAGCAUCGCCAUACCGGGCGGGCGGCGCAUGAGUGUGGAGGGAGCAUACGCCACGCCGCUCACCAUCGGCACCGGCGGCGGCGGGCGCUGGGUGGCGCCGCCGCCGCCGCCAGCCGCCGCCCAGCCGGUCGCAACCGCCGCCGCCGUCAUUACCCCCAUCUCCACAAUGGAUGGCACUGGCACCGGCGGCGGCGGCGGUGGUAAGGGCGCGGCGGCGGCGGCGGCGCCGCCGCCGCCGCCCCGGGACCGCUCCGCCGCGUCGACGGCGGGGGCGGCGGCGCAGGCUCCGGGUCAGGGCGGCGGGGGCCAACACGCGGGUGCCGCCGCCGCCGCGACGGCGACGGUGGCGGCGGGGGCGAUGUCCAGACACGCCUCGCGCGCUAGCAUCGGCGGCGCUACGGCCGCCGCCGUCGCGGGCAGCAGGGGCUCGACGUCCGGUGCCUCGCAGGGCACCAGUGCCGGCGGCGCGGGUGCGGGUGCUGCAGCUGCUACAGCUGCUACAGCUGCUACUGCCGCGGGAGGCGGCGGGGGUGCGGCGUCCAGGACGAAUGCGGCGCUUUCACGCCUGGGGGGGCAGCAGCUGAAGCUGGGCUCCCCCGCGGUGCCGCCGCCAGUGGCGGUGCCGUCGGCGUCGCCAGCGCCGGCGGUUCUAGGCAGCCCAGCGGCGGCGGGGGCGCCGGGCGGCAGCGGGGCCGCCGCGGCAGGUCAGAAGAGCACGAAGUAUGCUGCCGGGAACAAGAGCACCAAAUACGGGGAAAAGAGCCAGCGCGCGCCGCCGGCAGCAGCUGCGGCGGCUGUGGCGGCGGCGGCGGCGGCGCCUGCCCGGGGGGCGGCUGACAGCGCCAAGAGCCGACGGUCAUCUGUGGACCAGCUUCUCGCUGACUUGGAUGAAGUUUGAUGAGGUUUCUAGUUGACUUUACCGUACCUUGGGUUGACUGGACUUUACACACUUGGACGUUUCUUAAGCUGCACUCGCAGCUGCAUUCAUGAUGUGGGCUUGUUGUGUCGCUUGCAUGCGGCGAGCGUGCCGCAUUCGUCGCAUUCUUGUCAUAGGACUCAUAUCAUCACUCUCAACCCGUAACGCGUAAUGCGCUCUUGUUCACUUUUCAUCCUUCUUGCUAACUAGCUCGUCACGUACGUAACAGCACAACAUACCCCGACAUACUAACGAUGAGAUAAAUUAUAUCAUAUGCGGACUCUGGGCGGCUUAGGGCGGAUGGCUGCAUUCAUAUGGUGUGGGUGUUGGGGUGGCAUGCUAUGGGUCGGACUGUGGGAGCUGGGUUAACAGGAAGGCUUCCAGUCAGUGCCACUCGCGUAUCCAAUGGAUACACACGCCUGCGGGUGCGGGCAUGUGCGGGUGCAGGUGCGGGUGCAGGUGCGGGUGCGUCGCGAGGUGCCGCGGUGCUCGCGCGCUGCUGCGGCGCAUGUGUGGUGGGAACCUGAUACCGGCAGUGCUCGUAUCUUAAGAAGGCAGGUGCGGCGCCUGUGACAGAUUUCCGGGAAAGGGCAUCUUUGAUUAUCAGAAACCCGCUGCCGCCGCAUGGCAAGCAGGCGAGAGCAUCUUUCAUCCCCAAAACUUUUUCCGGGGGCUCCGCCCCCGACCUAUGCACGGUUCGUGGCAGGCCAGGGGAGUGGCCAGAGGCAUGCCAUGGCUGGUACUGAGCAUCCGGUGUAAUGCCAAACAAGG